CCCCGGGCUAAUAUCCUUUUCGUCUUCGUUCCUCCAGCAGGCCAAGCUAGGCGUCGAUCGCCGACUUUCUUUCUUUCAAUUCUUUUUUCCAAAGCUUUCUGCACCUCUCCUCCCCUACUUGGCCUGCGGCCACCAGCCCUGCUCUGUCAUCGCAACCACUCUCUGGGAGAGCCCGCAAACCUCCACCCGAGUUCACCUGACACCGCCAGGCUGCUAGCCACCCCCGCCUGUCCAUCGUGCGUCCUGUCCCAGAGCUGAUAACCUCAACUUCGAACCAGCUCAAACCGCCCCGUCUGCGGUGGCUAUAGGUCACACCGCCCGACCGUUCAUCCAACAUGCCGUCCAAACAGUUGAUGGGAGCGUUCGCGUUCCUUGACUUCUGCCUCCUCGUUGCGGGAGUCAUCUCCAUCGUCUUCUCGAUCGUCUGGGGCCAGAGCAACCUGAUGCUCAACCUCGUCUUCAGCAAGGCCGACCUCACGGCCGGCCUGGUCCUCGGCAGCUUCCUGUUGUUCACCUUCGUCUUCUCCGUCGGCGCCAUCAUCCAGAAGAACCACGUCACGAUCGGGCUCGUCAUCCUCAACUGGAUCCUCAUCGGCGACGCCAUCGUCGUCGGCGUCAUCGGCUCCUUCAUCUGGUUCUUCACCCUCCGCGAGCGCGCCAACUUCCACAAGAUCUUCUCGGAGCAGCCGGACGCGACGAAGAUCAAGAUCCAGGACCACCUCAAGUGCUGCGGCUACUUCAACAGCACCGACCUCGCCGUCGUCGGCGGCAACUUUUGCGCGAACGAGACGUUCGUCACCGUCACGAACAACGCCACCGGAAACUUCUGCGUCGGCCCCAUCACCGCGUUCGCGGACGUGUCGCUGAACAACACGUUCUCGACCAUAUACGGAUUCAUGGCGAUCGUCAUCGGCCUCUUCCUCGCGUCGUUGUGCGUGAUCAAGAAGAGGGACGAGGAGGAACGCUUCAAGAGGAUCGACGCCAAGCGCGGUGGCCGCGGCUUCGUCUAAAGCGUGCGCUGUGAGCCCCGGGGCUCGCAGGGCAACCAUGGCCCCCCUCCCGAUGCCCAGAACCGAAGAUACUCGCUGUACGACUACUACCUUACCCGCACUCGCGUCGUUCCGUCCCAUCAACGCGUCGGCUUGUUUUCCACAUCGGGCGGACAUGACCUCAAUUGUUUGGACAUUCUUCUUCUACCAGGCUUCCUCUUUCUUUUUCCAUGUUUUAGUGCACCGCUUUCGUCUGUUCUUGCCUUUAUAUCACGCGAAUGUUAGAUCAGAGCAUCCCCGGGGUUUAGCACGUGUCGCUCCCGCUUUUCCGGUGCGGGAGGUGGAAAUCGGAACGGAUUGUAACAUCUAGACAGAGAACGGAUACGGGCACGGGUCGCGGUAAACAGCCUCGCGGCGGAGGCAAAUUCGAAAUCCCAACUGAGCGCACUCGCGUGGAUGACCGCGGUGGUCCUAAGGGCGUCAGCGCUCAGGCGUGCAAGGCCACCACGCGGGUGCCGCCAAGAAAGGAGCACGUUGCUAUUUCGGGCACGACAUGUGAACGACGGUCUUCAUUCAAUUCCGCAUCGGGCCUCUUUGCGAUCAGCGCUGGAUGCAGCAUUCAGCGCCUGGAAGCAUGUUUGCUUGUACAGGAGACUGGAGUGGCUCCGGAAUGCACGCCUCAAAGAUGUUACAGCGGUUUGCAUAUCGAUAGUCAAUAC